UUUUUGCCAAUUCUUUAAAUAUAUGAUCUGUUCUCUUGCAUCAUGCUUGAACUUCGCUCCAAAAACUAGAGGCGACACGGAACAUGCGUGUUCGGCCUCGAAGGGUCCUGGUUAGUUCGGGAAGCGCAUGUCAGUAGCGACGCUAAAUUACGUGGUGUGCCAGUUUUCUGGAUUUCCUAGCUGCGUGCAGAUCGAUAGCUCCCCACAUGUGGCCGCAUACCGACCAGUAUACCGACGUUGCUUACUACAAUGGAGAAGGGAGUUAACAGAACGUAAGACUGGAUAGAUAACGGUAUAUUCGUCGAGAGGAAGAGACGCGUGCACGCGGAGUCUACAGCAGUUCUGUGCGAAUCGGCAGACACGCAACUACCUUCAGAGCUUUGGUGAUCAGUAUAUACGAUUGCCGCUGUUCCGUCGAUAGUUCGCUCUACGGCCUCUGCGACAUUAGCCAUGAUUCUAGACAGGACACGGCUGACAUACGUAUCCGCAGCCGUUGUUGGCGCCGGCACGGUAGUCGUCUUCUUUUGGUGGUGGUGGACAAAAAGGCAAAAGGAUAGACCACCCUCAGAAUGGCGAAAGGUUGGCGAAUUGAGCGACCUGUUCGUGUAUCCGGUUAAGUCGCUCGGCCUUGUUCGAGUGAACUCAAUGGAGUGCACGAAAUUGGGCCUGAAAUCUGGCUGGCUUAGGGACCGAACUUUGAUGGUCAUCGACUUGAAUGGACACUUCGUUACUGCCAGACAGUGGCCAAAGAUGGUUCAGGUGAUACCUAGCAUCUCUGGAUCGAUUCUCACAUUGUCCGCUCCGGGAAUGAUGUCUACGUCUAUCGAUUUGUCGCAACUCCAAGGCAAAGGAUUUCGCGUCGCGGUCUGGGGUCAACCUGUAUCUGCCUGCGAUUGUGGCGAAGAAUCUGCCAGAUGGUUAUCUCGCUUUCUUCUUCAAGAGGACACUGGGUUCAGAUUGGUUUACUAUCCUUUAGAUUAUCCAACAAGAGAGAUCAGGACGAGAGGCAAGAUUUUUUCAGUAACAAGUGACGAUACUGGUGCCUAUCCAGAUGCCACUAGCUAUUGUUUAAUAAACGAAAGUUCAGUGACUGACUUGAAUAGUCGACUAGAAGAUCCAGUCACGCCAGAUCGGUUUCGGCCAAAUUUCGUGGUUAAGGGCGCCAACCCUUACGAGGAGGACACUUGGGGUUGGAUAAAGAUAGGUGAUAACAUUUUCAAGUCUGUUAUGCCUUGUACGAGAUGUAUCCUAACUACCGUCGAUUCCGAAACUGGUACAAAACAUCCGAAGGCUGAGCCUUUGAAGACUCUGAAGAGUUACAGACAAAUAAUGGAUCCAAAUGUUCGCCCGCUAGUUGGCGAGAGUCCAGUGAUGGGAAUUCACCUGGGAUUGAGAAGUCCCAAUGGCACCAUCCGAAUAGGGGAUCCAGUUUACGUCAGCGUGCCUAAGGAGCAACCGAUAUUGAUAUCACCUCCCUAGCUACACCGAUGGGCUUCGUGCGAAGACGAAAUUUUCGUCUACAAGGAAGCCACGAGAUCUCUGAAGGAGGAGACUUUGUUAAAGAAUUUAACAAACAGAGAAAACGCAUAGCAUCGAGCCUAAAAUCGCGUCUCUGAUCGUUGAACAGGGCCUAAAAAGUUAGAACGGACAUUGUUUCUUCAAACAAAUUGCUAUUUUCUCGAUUAGAGAAUGAUUUAAAUGACGCGAUAGUCGCGUGAUAACAAUAAUUCAAACCGUUUUGCCAAGUGUAUUCUUCGCUUUAAAGUUGAAGCGUUCAUCGCCUGAGAUAAUUUGCGAAGAGAAUCGAUGGUUCUCAAAUAUCGUAUUUUUGCUAGAUGUUGAUCAUGAAUCAAUGAGGAUAAUAAACGUGCUGGGAGACGUGUUUGUUAUUUGCUCAUAUUUGUAUCGAGUAUAUUGUUGCGAGGAAUAAACGAGUUGCAAGGGAA